AUGUGUAUUAAUCACACCAUUUGGCUUUUUUUAAAGAGGCAAAAUAAGACCAGGGCACAAAAGCAACACAUUUUGAGUCAAGAAAAUCCAGCCCAGGAUUCUGCCUUCUUUGAUGGUAAAGGUGUCUCUUCUCAAGCUUACAUACCAUUCUCACUCAAGACUGACAAAGAAAAAGAACUUUCAACUUUGGAAUGUUCUUGUGAACACCAUGUAAACGUAUCAAAGAUUGUUAAAGAAUACAAACAGCUUGAGCAGAAUCUUAAGGCAGCUCAUGAGGAGGAGAUCAAUCAAAUAAAAGCAAGUUUUUCUGAGCAAAUAAAUAAGCAGCUUGUGCGCAUUCAGGAUUUAGAAAAUGAACUCAAGCAAUAUAAAAUGUUUGAUAAAGUAGAGACUGCAAGUAAGGAUGAUAUAAAGGUUGCAGGUGAUGCAUAUUUCAAGUUAGGUUUGCAUAAUGAUUCAGCCAGCUUGGAAGCUGUAACAAAAAAGCCUAAUCAAGAUCACAACCAUCAAAUUGCAUCAUAUCAAGUUUCAGAAACUGGAAAAGUGUUCACAUCAUCCUCUGGAAGUUCACAUAUUUAUGACAAACCUGAUGUUCUUCUGACAUCCUGCCCCUUUCCUUCACCUACCUCCACAGCUCCUCAGUCAUCUUUACAACCAAAUAUUUGUGAUAACAUUGCUCUAGCAUCAUUUGUUCCAUGUCAGUUAGAAGGAGUCAAACCUCCUCCUCCUCCUCCUCCACCUCCACCUCCGCCUUUCCCACAUACCAUCCCUGUGUAUCCACCACCUCUACCAGGCCCACCAGAAGCAAUACUCCAGUCAAGUCAAGCAGGCCCACCGCCUCCACCACCACCAGGGGUUUCAGGUUUACUGCAUAAACAAGAAUCCUCAAAACCAAUUAUGAACCCAAAGUCACCAAUGAAGCCACUGUUCUGGAAGAGGAUACAGGUUCAGUCAGUUGCACCAGACAAGAGAAGUGGUGGUAAACAUAUUUUCUGGGAAGAUAUUUCAGAAGAGCCGAUUAAUUUUCAGUACUUUGAAGAACUCUUUGCCAAGACUCCUAUAGAACCCAAGAAGAAAGUCACUGGAUAUAAAGUGAAAUCAAAAACCAUGCAGCCUGCAAAAGUUAUCCAGCCAAAAAGAUCCCAAGCAGUAGGCAUUCUUCUGUCAAGUUUACGACUUGAAUUUUCAGAUAUUGAAGAUGCAAUUUUGAAUUUUGAUACAUCAGUCUUGGAUAUAGAGAAGUUCAAAGCUAUCUAUGAUAUUAGAAGUGACACUGAAGAAAUAAAGAUGAUUAAAAACCACAUAGACACAAACCCAGAACUUCCAUUGGAUAAGCCUGAACAAUUUCUGUAUGAUUUGGAGCAAAUACCUUUUGUCAAGGACAGAAUAUUUUGCUUUAUCUUUCAAUCUUCAUUUCAAGAGAGUAUAGCUGCAAUAGACUCAAAGCUGAACAAUUUAAAAAUGACGUGUGAGGUUUUAUCUUCAUCUGAAAGUGUGAAAAGGAUCUGUGGUCUUAUUCUGACAUGUGGAAAUUACAUGAAUGGAGGUAGUAGAACACGAGGUCAAGCCGAUGGUUUUGAUUUAGAAAUAUUGCCAAAGCUCAAAGAUGUCAAAGGGAAAGAUAAUAGUACCAGCCUGUUGCAGUUUGUAGUAUCACGCUAUGUUCGCCAGUAUGACACAGAUGUCUUAGGCACUGACCGUGCUAAGCUUCCUUUACCAGAUCCCAGUGAUAUUCAACAAGCAGGGCUUGUUAAUUUUGAAGACACAGAGAAAGAGUUAAAAAGAAUACACAAGGAUUUUAGCAGUGCUGAAAAGAAAGCCACAGACAUUAUCAAAUGCUCUCUUUCUGAAAGCUUAGAUCCAUUUAAAUCUGUAAUGACAUCAUUUUUUAAUAAAGGAAGGCAAGAUUUAGAAGAACAAGAAAAAAACCUGGCAGAAUGUUCUAAACU